AUGAAUGGAUACCCAAACUGCUCCACUAACCACACUAAAAUUUGGAGUCAUUAUUUAGUACUUGCACUGGGCAUCCCUCAAAUGACCAUUAACAUCGCAUCUGUGAUCAUCAACUGCACAGUCAUCUUCACCAGAGUGGCGACAAAGGAUCUGCACAAGCCUAUCUCUAUCCUCUUCUGCAACUUGGCUUUUUCAGAUCUCUUUACCAGCUUUUCUGGCUUUUGGAUCUCAACACUGUUCAUCACCAAUCCUGACAUUACAAUCUUUGGAUCCAAGGAAAUGCUUGCACCUUAUGCCUUAUAUACUACAGCUAUUUUAUCCACCAUCUACAACUUGGUAAGCAUUGGAAUCGAACGCUAUUUGGCUGUGGCUGAAAGCAUGAGGACAAGAUUCAGGGUUGCUAGAAACCAUUCCAUAGCUGUAGUUCUAAUUAACUGGGUCCUUGCUUUCUUUCUGGGCUGCUUGCCAUUGAUGGGGUGGAACUGCUUGAGUAUGGGAAAAAAUCUCUCUGUCCUCUACAGUCCAUUUUGCAUCAACUACCUCAUCUUCAUUGCCAUUCCCAAUGUUGUGGUGGCUUUUAUCAUCCCUCUGUUCACUUACCUUAGAAUUAUCAUCAUCCUGAGGAAAAGAAAGCUGAGAAUGAAAGCAUGUGGACAAGCUACCAGCACCUACAAAUCAGCUGAAAUCCAGGUUGCCAGAACCAGUAUUUUUAUUUGGCUCCUGGCGUUGAUCUCCUACGCUCCUUUUUUUGCAGGAGUCAUAUUUGAUGCAGUUAACCAGCAGUGCCACGCUGAUCUCUACCCAGGUGUCUACAUCUUUCGAAACUGCACAGCUAUGCUGAUAACCAUGAACUGUUUGGGAAACCCCAUAAUUUAUACCCUGAAAGGCAAAACUCUGGGGGCUAAACUCAGGACUCUGAAAUGCCUCUCCACCAGCCGUAGCCGAGCCUGCACCAUCGCGAACAUCUAG